AUGGCGGAGAAGAGAGAGGAGACCGAUCUUGGCGCGGCUAUGCGCUGCGUCGUCUUUGCCAUGGGCAUCAUCAUCUCCUUGGGGGCCUACGGCGUGCUGCAAGAGCGGAUCAUGUCGGAGCCUUACGGAGAUGAAUAUUUCAAAGUGUCCGUCUUCCUGGUGCUUUGCAACCGGCUUGCGGCGAUAAUCUUUGCCGUCAUCAUGGUGGCAGUAAAGCAGGAAAGCUACGUUGCCACCGUGCCAAUCUGGAAGUACCUAGCCGUGUCCUUGUCCAACGUGUCCGCGACCUGGUGCCAGUACGAGGCACUGAAGUACGUCUCCUUCCCAGUGCAGAUGCUUGGGAAAAGCUUUAAGAUGAUGCCAGUCAUGCUCUGGGGCAUCGCGAUCUCCGGGCAGAAGUACAAGCUGGCAGAUUGGCUGAUUGCAGCAGGUGUGACAGGCGGAGUUACCGCUUUCCUUCUCACAGGCGACAUCAAGUCGAAGCAUGCGAGCCAGGGCAGCAGCGUCUACGGCUUGCUUCUCCUGAUGGGCUUCUUGGCCUGCGACGGCUUUACUUCAACCUUCCAAGAGAAGCUCUUCAAGGAGCACAAGACCUCCAAAUAUAACCAAAUGCUCUAUGUGAACGGUAGUUCCUCCCUCGUCUCCGGCGCUACACUGCUGGCGACCGGUGGAGCUAGCAAGGCCAUGGGCUUCGUGAGCAGACACCCCUCCAUUGUCUUUGACGCCUCAUUUCUUUCGGCUUCAGCAGUAACAGGGCAGUUCUUCAUCUAUUCUCUGGUGAAGGAGUUCGGAGCCUUAGUUCUGGCUGCUACUAUGAACAUGCGGCAGGUUCUCUCCAUUUUGACAUCCUACAUACUCUAUGUCCAUCCCAUCAGCUUCGCGCAGAUCCUCGCUCUCAUCGUGGUCUUUGCAUCCCUUUUCUACAAGAGUUACAUGGGCUACGCAAAGAAGAAGGCGAAGGAUGCGGCCCCCCCUCCGCAAGCAGUGGGCAAAGCAACCGAAGAGGAGCUGGAAGAGUUGAAGGCCAACGAGGAAAAGACGAGACAGGACAAAGAUAUGGAAGAUGGCCAGAUUCAAUGGAACGACAAGAAGUAG